GGUGGGGAACUGAGGCCAGAACCGCACUUUAGCUCCGCCCCUGCCCCUGGAGGCCGCGCCUCGCAGCGGUGGCUACAAACUUUAGCGUCUCUUAACUUAGGGAGGUGUGUGAGGCCCGGUGAGGUCGUGGCUGAAAAGAAAGGUUCUGGGUAAAUACGCGAGGUGCGGGUGAGCAGGGCUGGAAGCCCAGAGUGGGAGGCGGCGCGCCCCCUUCCCGCUCAGGCCACUCGGAACCGCGGUCUGUCUGCUCUCCGCCGGCGCCGACGUUGAAAGGCCUGGCCCGCUGCCGCGGCGCAAGGGAGCAGCCUCAGGAAGCCGGCGCGGGACAGCCCGCCCACAACCUCGCCGCCUGAGGCGACCACCCCCGGUCUCUGACCUGAGGAGAAACUGAAGCCAGAGGGGGACAGCCUGCCCCGUGUCAGCGGCCGGGGCUGUUUCAGAGCCAGCACUGGAGCACUUGAAGCACCUGGUCCCUGCGGCGCUGGAUGCUAUGAGUUGCUAAAGUGAGCCUGUCUUUUCAGCUGUCUUGGGGGCACGGUGUUGGGGGCACAGAGCCAUGUCUGACCUGCUCCUCCUAGGCCUGAUUGGGGGCCUGACUCUGCUGCUCCUGCUGACACUGCUGGCCUUUGCUGGAUACUCAGGGCUGCUGGCUGGGGUGACGGUGAGUGCCGGCUCACCCCCCAUCCGCAAUGUCACCGUGGCCUACAAGUUCCACAUUGGGCCCUACAGCGAGACUGGGCGGCUUUUCACCGAGAGCUGCAGUGUCUCCCCCAAGCUCCGCUCCAUCGCCAUCUACUACGACAACCCCCACGUGGUACCCCCUGAGAAGUGCCGCUGUGCAGUGGGCAGCAUUCUGAGUGAGGGUGAGGAGUCACCCUCCCCUGAGCUCAUUCAGUUCUACCAGAAAUUUGGCUUCAAGGUGUUCUCCUUCCCAGCACCCAGCCAUGUGGUGACAACCACCUUCCCCUACACCUCUACCCUGUCCAUCUGGCUGGCUACCCGCCGUGUCCACCCUGCCCUGGAUGCCUACAUCAAGGAGCGGAAGCUGUGUGCCCACCCUCGGCUGGAGAUCUACCAGCAAGACCAGAUCUAUUUCAUGUGUCCACUGGCACGGCAGGGAGACUUCUAUGUGCCUGAGGUGAAGGAGACAGAGCGGAAAAGCCGGGGGCCUGCAGAGGCCAGUGACACCCAGAUGGAUGGCACAGGAGCUGACACGACGAGUGACACAAGUUCUGUAAGCCUGGAGGUGGGUCCUGGCAGCCGGGAGACUUCAGCUGCCACACUGUCCCCUGGAGUGAGCAGCCGUGGCUGGGACGACGGUGAUACCCGUAGUGAGCACAGCUAUAGCGAGUCAGGCGCCAGUGGCUCAUCCUUUGAAGAGUUGGACCUGGAAGGCGAGGGACCCCUGGGGGAGCCAAGGCUGAGCCCUGAGGUUGAGCCCCUGGGGGCUACCAAAUGGCCCCGGGAACCUAGUACUCCUGAAAAGGGUGAGGAGUAACCCUAGGCCUGUACCCUUCUGGGGUGCAUUUGCUGAGGAACUGAGCAGACUCUCCAGCCCUCUUCUUCUUCACCUCUCAGGCCCAAGCUGGGGCCAGGGGUUUCAGGGGGACCUGACUUCCACUGCCCCGGGCUCUAGCCAAGCCUUCUCACCACCCUCUCGGCUUCCAGGGCCAAAGAAGCCAGGGACUAUAUUCUGCACCCAGACCCCGGGGCUACCGCCCCUCUGACAUGUUUUUUCAGAUUCACAUUGGAGCUUCCAGGACCCAGAAUAAAGCAAAUGAUUUUCCUGUUUCA